GUCAGGGGUACGUAUACUACGCAUGCGCGUGUUCAGAUCUUGGUGUUUUAGUGUGAGCUAGAGAAGUGAUAAAGUUUGAAUGGCAGGAAUGGGCUUUUAGGAGUGUGCCGUGUCCACGUCUGAAGCUCAGUACAGAGUGUGCAGUGCAGGAAAAGAAAAGUAUGACAGCCAACGAGGAUCAAGAGAUGGAGCUCGAAGCUCUUCGCUCCAUCUAUGAGGGGGAUGAAUGUUUCAAGGAAAUCAGUCCAGUUUCUUUCCAAUUUAGGGUAGGAGAACUCGAGGACAGCAAAGCAUUCAUUCUGGACAUCACAUGGCCUGAGACGUACCCUGAAACUGCUCCACAGAUCUCACUUGAAGCUUUUUUCAACAACAGGAUCUCAGCAGAGACGAAGCAGCUGAUCCUGGCAAAGUUGGAGGAGCAGGUGGAGGCUAACCUGGGUGCUGCAAUGAUGUACACUCUGUUUGAGUGGGCAAAGGAGAACCAGGAGACGCUCAUGGAGAACCACAAGUCUAUAGUAACGGCUGUGACGCUGACAUCAAACAGUGAGGUGAGUGAACCUGCCACAGCAGCAAAGAAGAAGGAAAAGAAAGAGCAGCUGACUAAAGCCCAGAAAAGAAGGAUGAUAAACAAAACAGAUCACAAAGGUGAGCUGCCCAGAGGCUGGAACUGGGUUGAUGUAAUUAAGCAUCUCAGUAAAACUGGAGGGAAAGAUGAAGACUAGGUUGCACAGACAAGCUACGUGAGGCCGAUGGUGUCUGUAAUACUUCAGCUACAUGCUCCACUCAACAUGACUGCUUCCACAAUGAGGACAGUGUGUAAAACUGGAUCUGCUCACAAUCCCAGUUAGACUCUUGACUGUAAGCUGAAAAUGACCUGAAGGCUUUGCUGUGCUUGUGGUGGUUUACUACUUUUUUUUUUUUCCUUCCUCACUGCUAGUACAGCUACGGCCAAAGCUUUUAGCAGUCACGUCACUGCAAAAUCAAAUUUUUUUUUAUUUUAAAACAUUUUUGAAAUUCAUGAAAUAUCAUAGAAACAUGUUUAAAGACAGCAAAGUGUAUGAAAUUAACCUUUGGCCAUAACUGUACAUGAGACAGAGAGCACAUUAGGCUUUUGUUGAAGAGUGAGUCUCCUGCUCUGUGGUCCGUCAGGGUGAAGUGUGCUGGAGUUUAACUGAUCUACUGCCCAGCACUGAGCUGUUGGGGUUCUCAGCUGAAGCGUUAUGCUGCUGUUACUGUGAGGUACCAUGUGAUGUGUUAAAAGCAGAGCUGCGUGUUACAUUUCUCAAUAUUUUCCUAUUUUGAUAAAUGUUCCUCUGCCCUUUGAAUUGUAAAGCCAGAAGUUUUUAUAUAGAAAUAAAAUCGAUUUUAUCUA